CCUCCCUCUCUCUCUCUCUUCCCUCCAAAUCCCUCUCACCUCCCUUUCCCGUGACACCCCCAAGACAGACUGCACAUAUGUAUAAAAACCUACCUCCCAACAAACCAAACCAAAACCAGAAAAAACUCACAUUAUUUAUCAGACACUACAAAAACUCACCAAAACAAAACCAACCCAGUUUCCAAAAACAUGAAAAAAACCGUUUCCUUCCCUCAUUUUCUUGUUUCCGUUUUUACCCUAGUUGCCCUAUUCGAGCUCCCAAGCUUUGCAUCAUCAAGCCAUGACUACCAAGAGGCAUUGUCCAAGGCCAUACUAUUCUUCGAGGGGCAGAGGUCGGGGGUCUUGCCUCAGGACCAGCGCCAAUCAUGGCGUGCCAACUCAGGACUCAGUGACGGGUGGACGUACAACACAGACUUGACCGGCGGCUAUUAUGACGCCGGUGAUAAUGUCAAGUUUGGUUUUCCGAUGGCGUUCACGACGACAAUGCUGGCUUGGAGUGUGAUAGAGUUUGGAGAUUCAAUGCCUCCCAAUGAGCUGAGGAACGCUCUCGUGGCAAUCCGCUGGGCCACAGAUUACUUGCUCAAGACUGUGUCUCAGCCUAACCGGAUUUUUGUGCAGGUUGGUGACCCAAUUAUAGACCAUAACUGUUGGGAAAGACCUGAAGACAUGGACACGGCCAGGACUGUAUAUGCUGUGGAUUCGCCCAAUCCUGCUUCUGAAGUCGCAGGCGAGACGGCAGCAGCCCUAGCAGCUUCGUCGGUGGCAUUCCGAUCAUCCGAUCCCGGGUACUCGGACACAUUGUUAAGAAAUGCCAAGAAGGCCUUUGAGUUAGCUGAUACUCACAGAGGUGCUUAUAGUGAUAAUUCUAACAUUAAAGAUGGUGUCUGCCCAUUUUAUUGUGAUUUUGAUGGUUAUCAAGACGAGUUGCUGUGGGGGGCAGCAUGGUUGAGUAGGGUCACUCAAGAUAGUGGUUACCUUGACUACAUACAAAACAAUGGCAAAACUCUUGGUGCCGAUGACAACAUAAACGAAUUUGGUUGGGACAACAAGCAUGCUGGCCUAAAUGUUCUAGUCUCCAAGCAAGUCUUAGAAGGCAACAUGUACAAUCUCGAAUCCUAUAAAGCAUCGGCAGAUAGCUUCAUGUGCACGUUAAUUCCGGACUCAACAUCCUCCCACAUCGAGUACACUCCCGGCGGACUCAUCUAUAAGCCGGGAGGCAGCAAUUUGCAGCACGUAACUUCCAUCACAUUCCUACUACUUGUUUACGCGAAUUACCUUUCACGGACCUCGCAGUCCCUAAACUGCGGCAACAUAAACGUCAGUCCAGCAACCCUACACCAAAUCGCCAAGAAACAAGUUGAUUACAUUUUGGGUGAUAAUCCAAUGGGAUUGUCAUACAUGGUUGGCUAUGGUGACCAUUUUCCGCAGCGUAUUCACCACCGUGGCUCUUCGUUGCCAUCAAUCAAGGACCACCCCCAAGUCAUUGCUUGCAAGGAAGGCUCGGUGUACUUCAACUCUUCAGGUCCUAACCCUAAUGUUCUUGUGGGUGCCCUCGUGGGAGGACCUGGAGAAGAUGACUUUUAUGGGGAUGAUCGUGCAGACUUUAAGAAAUCUGAGCCGACCACUUACAUUAAUGCACCAUUUGUUGGUGCUUUGGCAUUCUUUGUGGCUAAUCCAAACCCUAAUUAGCACAAAUUGGUACUUUGACAAGCAUACGUCAUUUUUUGUAAAUAAUUCAUACAUCAGGAUUUGAAAAUUAGGAAAAGAACAAAGAUGUCUCUCACCUUGAGUGCAAAGAGAGAAGAGGCUUGUUAAUUAGUCUUUGGAAAUUUAAUGUAUACUGUUCAGGGUUUUUGUGACAUUUCCACAGAGAAUAAGAGAGAUUUAUUACAUGUAAGAUGCA